AUGCGCUUCAUCCAGGCCGGGUUUGGGUUCAAGAACAAGUCCGGCAAGGGGAGGGGUGUUCUUCGCCUGGCGAAUGUGGGGCCCGAAGAGUGGAAGGCGUGGACAGUAUUCACCGUGCUUGAGCGCCUGAAUGGACAAGACGAGCUGGAAGCACAGAGGGUGAAGGCAGCCGGAAUCCAGUCAAGUGGAUCUGGGCCCCAACCGACCAACGAGGACAGCGAUCUGCAAGUCUUGGUCGUAGGAGCAGGUCAAUCGGGUCUUGCUCUAGCCGCACACCUACAGAACCUGGGCCUUAAAUAUCUAGUCGUCGACAAAACUGCCCGUCCUGGAGACUCAUGGCGUGCCAGGUACGCGUCAAUCAAAUCACACACCCCGAGCUACACGGACCACUAUCCGUUCUUGAAAUACCCCACCAAUUGGCCGCGCUACCUCGACCAAGGGCACAUUGUCAAAUGGAUGGAGCACUACGGAGAUCUUCUGGCUCUUAAUAUCAGACAUGGCACGCUAGCCACGAAUAUUAACUACAACGAGUCGACCAAGCGGUACUCGGUCGACCUCCAAUCCACCGAGGGCGGCGUACAGAACAUCACCACCAAGCACCUCGUCCUUGCCACGGGCCUACUCAGCGAUGUCCCCAUCAAGCCCGCCUUCCCCGGUGAGGACACAUUCAAGGGUCAGAUCUUCCACACAUCGGCGCAUCAGUCCGCGAGCUUGAUGCCCGACCUGCAGAACAAGCAAAUCACAAUCAUCGGCUCCGGAACAAGCGCACACGACGUCGCCCAGGACUUCGCCAGUCACGGAGCGAAAUCAGUCACGAUCGUGCAGCGCAGUCCUAUUUUCGUGACGUCUCUCAAGUCCCUAGAGGAGCUGCAGGUGAAGCUGUGGGAUACGCCGGGCUUGAACACCGAGGAUGCGGAUCUUCUUGGUAACUCAUUCUCGACGGCCGUUGUUCGGACUCUUAGCGUUGGGGCGUCGCAGAUGAUGUCCAUGUUAGAUAAGGACAUGUUAGAGGGGCUGGAAAAGGCCGGAAUGGCCGUCAAGAGGGGCGACCAGGGCGACAGUCUCGUUGAUCAUCAGCUGAUCAAAGCGGGUCAUUUCUACAUUGACCAGGGAGCAUGCGGGAUGAUUAUCGAUGGCCGUAUUCAGGUGCGGAGAUGUCAGGAAGGCGUCCGGGAAUAUUACCCAGACGGAAUUACUCUCGCCGAUGGUACUCAGGUCGAGUCGGAUGUUGUUAUUCUUGCCACGGGCUUCGAACGCAUAGACAAGGCGAUCGAGCGAAUCGUGCCUAAGGAGAUCCUGGACAGGGUGCCGGGUGUGAUAUGUAGCUUGGAUGAAAGCCAGGAACGGUUUGGUUCACAGAUGGCUAACAGAUCGCUUGUAGGUAUGGAGACCGACUGGCAUGCCAGGAUUCUGGUACAUGACGGGCAGCUUUCUCUGGUCGAGACAGUUCUCUCCUGUCCUGGCUUUGCAGAUUGCCGCUGUCGAGUGGGGGCUGAACAAGGAGUAUCAAUGGUAUCCACGAUAGAUGUUUUUAAAUUCAAGCCCUCGCGGUUCCUUAUACCGACUUAG